AAAUCCGUGAAGGCCGCAUGUCCGUCCUUUCAGUCGAAGUAUAUAGACGUGUGUCGUCUUGCUUCCUGACUCACCGCUGUUCGCGUUUUUAUUUCACGAAUACGUCGGUCAGGACUACUUUUAAUCAUGGCAUUUAAGGACACUGGCAAAGCACCUGUUGAGGCAGAAGUUGCCAUCCACCGCAUCAGAAUCACCCUUACCAGCAGAAAUGUGAAGUCACUGGAAAAAGUGUGUGCUGAUUUGAUUCGUGGUGCUAAAGAGAAGAAUCUGAAGGUUAAAGGACCUGUUCGUAUGCCAACCAAGACCCUGCGUAUCACAACCAGGAAGACUCCUUGUGGUGAGGGAUCCAAAACCUGGGAUCGUUUCCAAAUGAGGAUUCACAAGCGUCUCAUUGAUCUGCAUAGCCCAUCUGAGAUUGUCAAGCAGAUCACUUCCAUUAGUAUUGAGCCUGGGGUGGAAGUUGAGGUCACCAUUGCAGAUGCUUGAGUUCUAUCAGCUGAAAUAAAAUUUGUUUACAAAAAUGGCA